ACUGUCAGCUCAGCUGUCAUUUUUGCACACUUGCAGUACUUGCACUUGUAGACUAAGAAUACUGAAAAGGCGUUUAUAUUUUGCAUUUCUUCGAUUUAUAUUUCCUAAUUAAUCAUGAGCUUCGUCGCUAAAACCAGAACUUCGCUUUUGCCAGCCAUUUUAAGAAGAAUGUACUCCGGAGAACCCGGAUCUGGUGCCGGCAGGGGUGGCGGCGGUGGUGGCUCGAUCCGCGAGGCUGGCGGCACCUUCGGCAAGAUGGAGGCUGCGAGGGAGGAUGAAUACUUCUACAAGCAGCAAAAGCAGCAACUCGCCAACCUGAAAGGACACUUGAACAAGGAGAUCUCCUUCCACCAGGAGCAAAUCAAGCGCCACGAAGACGCCAUCCGCCGCCACAAGGAGCAGAUGGCUGAGAUGAAGGAAUAAACCGUUUUCUGUGAGACCAUGGAAGGCAGACUCUUAAAGACAUGACUACAUACACAAACAAUUCUUAAAGAUUUACUAGCUUAUGACUAUGUCACUAUAGUCACCUUGUGAAAAAAUUACCACUGAUUUAUAAACGCCAGCUAACUAAUGCAUGCAAAUAUAAAUCAAUUGCGAUUUCUGUUACUAUGUAACCCUUUUGCGACAGUUAGACUUACUUUGGUGGGAUUUCUUUUAUGACACAAAAGGUUAACAUGAACAGAAAUUAAAAUGUAUGCAUUUAGCAUUUUUUAUGUACUUUUGUAAUAUUAUGAUCAAUUUCAAGUUUUAAACAGUUGAAUGCUAGUCAUUAUAAAUCAGUGGUUGCUAUAAAUAUCUAGGUUACAACACAACUCAUGUCUUAGACCUUUGGACAUUAUAAUGUAAUGUUGCAAUAUCUAAAAGGUUUUACAAUUAUGUUUAAGAAUGUUACUUAUUUUUUUGCUUUUAUUUUGUUUAGUGGUAGUUUGUAUGGAAGGAUAACGCAAUUACAUAAUUGUUAAUCUGC